AUGGCAGUUGUUAUCGGUCGUAAGCAAGUCGGUGUUGAAAGGACAACUGUUCGAGUUACUGUACCAAACAAUCCCACAGCUCGACUCAUGUAUUAUUUGGAAUGUGUAUGCCAUGUAAUUAGCUGUGGUCAGGAUGAGGAUAUUCGUCGUUUUUCGGACUAUGCAAAUUGGGAACGGUUGUCCGAUAAAGAAAAGAAAUUUCUUCUCAUGAUUUUCUACAUCUUCAGCCCGGAUGUCUUCUUCCAUAAUGAAGAGCUCUGUGUUGAGUUUUCGAAUGAAUUUUACAUGAUUAACCAAAUACAUCAUCGGUUUCUUGCUGCUAAGUCGAUUAUCAUAGGUGGUCGAACACAUCAGGUGAAUAAAAUCAUGGCUUACCAGAUGUCUUGGAUGAGAAAGAAUUGUCUUGAGCCCAUGCAGCAACUUACAGCUCCAUCACAAAGACAGCCACAGCCAAGGAGGCAAAUAACGGCGCCACAUAGAUCUCAUCCAGUAACCAAUAGUGAUUGCUGUUGUAUUAUUCAAUAA